UGGUCAAAUAGGUAGGCAUUGCGACUUUUGCGAGGAAUGUUUUUUCCUUCUUCGCUUUGCUAAUAUUUAAUUUUGCUUGAAAUUAUCAGUUUCAAUGGUUGGUAAAAUAUGUACCGUGUGCAAGCAGUCCUCUGCUGCGAAUAAAAAUCUCUCUUUCUUUAUUUAUCCUAGUGACAGAGAAAGGAGAUACGAGUGGCUGAAAGCGGUCGAUCGUCUAGAUUUACUCGAUAAACUUAUUGACAACAAAUCAAGGGGCAACCACAGAAUCUGCGAAGCACAUUUCCAAGAUAGCUUCAUUAAAAAAUGUGAAGGACUAGCUAAGAGCCGAAAAUGUCUCACAAAGGACGCAUUUCCGUGUUUAGAACAUGUUAACCAAGGUCUUCUCACGAAUAAAUCGUCUGAUGGCAGGAAAAAGAUAAACCAUCGUAAAAAGCCUGUUAAAACAGAUAAUUUUGUAAAUGUAGAUAUGGAUUCAGCUGUUGUAUCAGAAUGUGAUAAUAAUAACCCUGUUUCUGAGAUGGAAGUAUCACUAGAUGAUAUUAAGGUUGAAAAGAUAGACGAGCAUUCAACUACGCACUUCACAAGUCCUGAGUUGACUGGCUUUCCUGAUAUGUCACAGUUCUGUGAGAGUGUCAUCAAAGUCACCAGGGAAACCCAGACCUCUCAUGAUGAUGACACAAAAAGGAGAAGGAAGCUUGAUCCAGUUGAUACAAGUGAGCAUUUUAUACAAAGUUGCAGCAAAAACCUGACUAAAGGCAUGGUGCAACUCAUCAAAUGGCAAAUGAACAUUAAAGAUAACGCAGACAACUACAAAUUUCACAUGUUUGCUCUUAACUUGUAUUUCUCUGGUGCAUACUCCUACAAUUUGCUAAAAGACAUGAUGGGCUUACCAGAAAUGGAUGCUUUGAAAAAGCUAAUUGUACCAAAAAGUACAAAAUUUGACAACAAGUUAAUAAAUGCUUUAAAAAUAAAAGUUGCAAACAUGUCAGCCAGAGAAAAGAUUUGCAGUUUGUCCAUAAGUAGUAUGCCUCUUAAACCCAGUUUGUAUUACAAUAUAACAAGAGAUAAAGUAGAUGGAUUCCACGAGAUAGAUGGAGUGCAGAAGAUUGAGCCAGCAAAAUAUGCUUUAGUAUUUAUAGCUCAAGGCAUUCUAGAAAAAUGGACACAGCCCAUUGCCCAUGCUUUUAUUUCUCAUCAUGAAAAUUCCCCUGACAUAUCUAUAUGGGUAGAGGAAAUCAUUACCUUACUUAUAGAUAUUGGCUUAGAUGUGAGAGCUUUUGUAUCUGACCCAAAGACUGAAAUAUUCUACAUGCUGGAAUCUCAAAGUCACACCAGCAAAAACUUAUUUUUCAAUUAAUGAUCAAAAUAUUUACUAUAUUUAUGACACAGGAAAGCUGCGUAAAACUGUAGAAAGUCACCUUAAAAGCUGUCACUUCUACGUCAAAGGUUCCUGCUCAGAUGGCGAUGAUAAUACUCUAUUUUCAAAGAAAUUCCAUAAUUUAUGUGACAUGAUGAACUCUAAAACUCAUGUAACCAUGUCUCCUCUUAAGAGAGCAUAUUCAGAUAAAAAAUAUCAAAGCAAAUUCCUAAAUAAAUUUGUAUUCAUACUACAAAACUUGAAAAUAAUAAGAAAGAGUGAUGGAAAGGACAUUACAAAAAGUAUCAAGUUCAUAGAACAUAUUCAAAUAUCCAUUAUAUCUGUAAUGCAAUUGUUUGGAGAAUUAAAAAAGGUAGGAGCAAAAAUGUUGCUUACUAGCAGACUUAGUCAAAAUUGCCAUAACAAGUUUUUGGCAAUGACUAGGAGUGAAGGCAAAAAGAGUUCUACUAGACAAUUUAAAAGAAGAUUCUCAAAAUGUUUUAUGUACAGUAUGCUGAAAAAACCCAUUGGGGAUGGCAAAGUUGACUCAGUAUGUGGAUUUAGGCCCCAAGCUCUGUUGUCAGUGGGCAAACCUGUCAAUCAGGCAAUCAAAGUAGGCACCACAGACUACAGAUUAGCUUUGCCUGAUAAGAAGAAAUUUGAGACAGUCUGUAGAUAUCUGUACUUAAAAUGUAUAGACCACCAUUCAUGCAACACUUUCCAAGACUACUUGAGCCGGUGCCCAGCGAGUCGGCAGUAUGUACCCCCGUAUCGCUCUAGUGCGCCUCUUGACAUCCGAAAUUGUAAAUUAGUUCCUCCGCAAAACUUCACAGAUUUUAUAAUGAUAUUAGAGAGGAGAUUUAGAGAUUAUUGCAGACAGGAUGUGAAAAUAAACAGUAUUGGACAUCAAGUAUUAAAGAAAAUAUUAAGCUUCGAGUUUGAAACACCAUGCCAGUGUUUUCCUCUUGAUUAUUUAAAGAAAUUAUUUGUAAGGCUGAGGAUAUUUUACGCUGUUAGAGAAAACAAUAUUAUGCAUAAGAAGGAUGAGAACAAAUUAUUUAAGACUUUUAAUUUAUAAGUGCAAGCAGUAUUGUUGGAUAAAAUAGCAUAUUUGUAGACGAAAUAAAACAGUGCUUUUAAA